AAACCCAAUUCGAGCAGUGAAUAGGCGCAGCCCUGGGAGAUAUUGUUUGCUGCUUGUCCGCAAUGCGCUUCCUCCUCGUCCGAACGGUUUUCUCCGGCGGGCGCAUCAGUUGAACCAGUCACCUAGGAAUAGCACCAGCGCCAUUCUCAGGUCGUGUUCGGUUUUUCGUAUUCUGUAACCGUGCUUCACGACGAUAUAACUUGACGGUCCGCGGGUGAUGAGCAGGAUACCUUCCUCACUCGGCUCUCCCCGCCAAUCCCGCCCGCCAAGACAAAAAAAAAAACUUCCCUCCCGUCCCUCCACCCACACACGCAGGCAAACGCCACGGCCCUCUGCUUGGAUCCCGGAAGAAAAAAAAAGCAGCCAUAAUACCGCCGAAGAUCCCUUCGCCCCCCCUGCUCCCCGCCAGCCAACAGUGGUGAUACAAAUCAACACAAACGCCCACACACACACACACACGCUCCCGCCAUGCCCUUCCCGUCGGCCCUCCUGCUCCUCGGCGCCGCCCUCGUGAGCGGCUACGCCUUUGUCGAGCACGCGCAGGCGACGCUGCGGCUCAAGUUCAAGUACGAGGACAAGGGCCGCCGGGCGGCCAAGUGGAGCAACUCGGUUGAGCGCUUGAUGUGGGACACGCGCACCACCAUCGCGUUUGGCCUGGCCGCCUCGGCAUUCUCCUUCUUCUCCGCCCUCAACCUCCUCUUCUUCAAGAUCCUCAUCCCGCCAUCGGACGGCUGGGUCCCCUACCGCGCGGUCUGGGCCGCCCUCGUGGCCGCGGCGCAGCACUACGCCUCGGACCACAUGCGCGCCUUCUGGCGCGGCAAGCCAAAGGUUCCCAUGAUGGGCGAGUGGAACGCCGCCAUCGACGAGUGCAAGGACGUCGUGGAGCUGCUCGGCGUCCUGCGCUUCAUGUGGCUGCUGGUCGCCUUGCUCAAGCUGGCCGGCUUGUAGUGGCGUACAUUUUCCAAUAUUGCCGUCGACGUACAGACAGGCCCAAGGGCGUUGAAAUCAUGGGAAUACAUGCAUAGCUGGUCGGUUUAGAAACUUGUCUCAUAAGUCGUUUCCGCAAUUGAUCUGAUGAUACUGCCCCAAGGGUGAUGCCCCAGGGGAUAAUAGCAUAUAAUGAAUGCUGCUAGCAAGAAAGGAUGUACUUCGGCAAGAAGCAAUGAAGGUAUCGAAGGGAAUGCAGGAGAUCAAACGGAUUCGAAAGCAAAGCAAAAAAGCGUAUACCACCCGCAAAAUACUUCGCAGCGUCCGGC